AUGGGUGUGAAACAGAAAACCAUCCCUCCUACGACCGUGUCCCUACUGAAGAAGAGGGAGAAGGAUGCGACUUCAACUAUAGCAACCAAACUCACAGAUGGCGCAUCAGAUGAAUUCGAAUUCGGCGGUUCUAUUGGUGUUGCCUCAUUGAUGAUAGGCUUUCCCUUGAUAAUGUGGUAUAUGUGGAUAGGUGCGACCUAUUAUGACGGAAAUCUACCUUACCCCGAAAGCAAUCAGUCGUGGCUUGAAUUUGGACAGCACCUGGGCCAGCUAGUCUAUUUGGGGGCAUAUCCAACUGCAAAAGCUUGGGCAAUCUUUUGGAUAUUCUUUAUCAUGGAAGCUGUCAUGUAUUGCUAUAUGCCCGGCGUGUCUAGCCAUGGUCGACCUCUGAGACACGAAGGCGGCAAAAGGCUUCCUUAUUACUGCUCUGCAUAUACCAGCUUUUAUGCCACGUUAGGUAUUGCUGCCGCGUUACAUAUUACUGGUCUAUUUCCAUUGUACACUCUAAUUGACGAGUUUGGGUCAAUCAUGACCGUCGCUAUCCUGUCUGGAUUUAUCAACAGCUUCAUCGUCUACUUCCAAGCCAUUGUACGCGGACGAACCCACAGGCUCACGGGAUACCCCAUCUACGACUUUUUCAUGGGCGCUGAAUUGAAUCCGCGCAUUGGUAUCCUAGACUUCAAAAUGUUCUAUGAAGUCAGGAUCCCUUGGUUUAUACUGUUUCUCAUCACCUGUUCUGUGGGUGCUCGUCAGUAUGAAACAUAUGGUUACGUUUCUUCUGAGGUAAUAUUUCUGGCUGCCGCUCACUUUCUAUAUGCCAACGCUUGCGCCAAAGCUGAGCAAAUGAUUAUUACAAGUUGGGACAUGUACUUUGAGAAACUCGGCUUCCUCCUCACCUUUUGGAACUUGGCUGGUGUACCAUUUACCUAUUGUCACUGUGCCCUUUACCUAGCUAACCACCAUCCAUCUGAAUACCGCUGGAAUCCAUAUGCUCUCACGCUUCUUAGCGUGAUAUACAUUUUCAUGUACUGGAUGUGGGACAGCGCAAACGGCCAAAAGAAUGCAUUUCGCCAUAAAUCCAUCGAUAAUCCCAAGACUAUUAAGACCGACACGGGCGAUCAGAUCUUAGUUGAUGGAUGGUUUGCCAUUAUCCGAAAGCCAAAUUACGUUCCUGAUAUGUUCUUUUCUAUGGCUUGGGGGUUAAUUACCGGCUUCAAAAGCCCAUUUCCCUGGUUUUACUUCGUCUUCUUCAUGGUCAUGAUUAUUCAUCGAACAAGGCGGGAUAUCAUGAGGUGUAGGAGGAAGUACGGCGAGGCCUGGACACGAUAUGAGAAACAGGUCCCGUAUAUUUUUAUACCGGAACUCAGCUGGUACAUCCUUAGGAGUGUAGCCUGA